AUGCUUAUUGAGGGACGAGGACGAGGGGAAGGGGGGCGUGGGAGAGGAGGGCGUGGGGGAGGAGGCAGUAGGGGUGAUAAUAGAGGGACGAGAAGAGGGUUUUUCAAUAGUUCACUCAACUAUAGAGGCGGUCGACAAGCUUAUAAUAAUGGAUUUGCACCUGAAAUUGUACCAACAGAUAAUGCUCAAAGUGGAGAAAAUAAAAUAAACUUAAUUUCCACAGAACCUCAAAUAAACCAAGAAAAUUCUAACGAUUCACUGCAAUUUAACCGCUGGCAGCCUGGUGUGCAGAGGACAAACGCUCCAAAUAACACCUCACGGUUUAAUUUUAAAGACAGGCGCAUACCAAGACGAAGUAAACCUCAUUUUGAAAGGGAUACGCAACCGAGAAUCAAAGUGAAACUUGAAACCCCCGAAGAAAUUGCAAAAUGGAUAGAGGAAAGGAAAAAACGGUAUCCCACUGAUGCCAACAUUGCAAAAAAAAAACAAGAAGAAGAAGAAAGAGCCGCAAGAGGAGAAUUAAUCCCCGGAACAAAUGCAAGGCUGAGGGACAAGCGACGUGGAAAUUUGGAAUGGAGAACUGACAAUAGGCAAAAGAGACCUAGACUUAAUCAGAAUCGGAGUCUUCGCCCUGAGAACUUUGAUGACACCAAACCAGGUAUUGACAUUCUGAUCGCUGCUGAAUCUGCUGCUCCGGUUGGACAAGGAACAAAUUUGAAUGAAGCGUGUAUCUCGAUCAAGUCGGAGAGUGUUGAUAACGACGAUGUUUCGACUCUCAGUAGUCAUAAUAAGAAUGAGGAUAAUGACAAUGCUUCGACUCUUAAUAGGAUUAAUAAGAAUGAUGAUAAUGAUGACAGUGUUCAGCCGCUCAACAGGCAUAAUAACAGGUUUGCACAUGUUGAAAAAACUACUUGUAAAUACUAUAGAAAUGGAUAUUGUAAAAACGGAAACAAAUGCCGAUAUAGACACGAUGAGUUCAGGAAAGGAUCGCAAUCUAAAGACGAAGUAAAAUCACGACGAUCUGGAAAUCUAUUGCGAAUGCUUCUCGAAAAAGAGAUUCGCAAAGAACGAAACAUCCUUUUGCAAAGCAUUCGGUAUAUUGUAGAUAAAAAUUUCUUUCAGGUUGUAAGUAACGACUCAUUAGAAGCCGCAAAGAGACGCAAUGGCCCGUCUGUUGAAGAGCUGCAAACUACUGAAGACAACGAUAAGGUUACUUGUUCAAAUUAG